UACCUCCCUGACAUCCACUAAGCAACCGAGAAACUAGGAAGCCAGUCAGCAGUCGGUGCAAGUCAUCCUGAUACAUCGAUUUUUUUUUUGUUUUUUUUGUUUUGUUUUUUUAAUAGCAGCGGGGGCUGUACUGUUGUGAGCUGUUAGCAGAGAAGAGCAGUAGUCAGUCAGUGUGACUGGUUGAAAGCACUGUUUAUCAGCUCGUUAGCUAGCUACCGAAACGCACAUGGAUAUGCAAAACAGCAACAGCAUAAACACUGACGCGAAGAUGUUGUUGGACCACGCUAAAACUCUCCGGUUCCACACCGGGAAUUUAGUCAGCCGAAGUCGCCUGAAGAAGAAAUGUCCAGGCUCCCCCACCGAAGAGCUUCAGGACUGCAUUCAGGCUACACUGAGCGACUGGAUUUCUACGACAAAGCCCUCGUCCGAGGACUUUCCAGAUACACUGGACUGCUUCGUUCCCCAGGAAACGGAUGUGAUCACACCCGAAGAGAGGGAGGAGGUGAAGGUCUCAGCUAAACUAUUCCUGUGUGAGUCAGUUCAGUCAUCUAUCAGAGAUGCAGUGGAGAUGGCCUGCCAGACACUGGCAGUGUCUCAGCUCGACUCUGUUAUCAUAGCGCCACCUGGGCCCUUGGAGAAUGACAGCCAGACAUUGGCCCACCUUCAGCCAGCCUGGGAGGAGCUGGAGACACUGGUCAAGAGCCAGCAGAUCGCAGCCAUUGGCACCUCUGACCUGGACAAAGAUCUACUGGAACAGCUAUACAACUGGGCUCAGGUGAAGCCCAGCAGUAACCAGGUCAACCUGGCCUCCUGCUGUGUGAUGCCUCCUGACCUGACAGCCUUUGCUAAAGAGUUUGACAUCCAGCUCCUCACACAUAACGAUCCCAAAGAGCUGAUGUCAGCAGGCACCUUCCAGGAGACGAUGCAGGACGGGCUGCAGGACGGGCUGCAGGACCUGAAUGUUGCUGACUGGAGGCUAGAGUGGGUCCUGCGCUACAACGUCAUUGUCAAGAGUAGGGGCAUUAUCAAGUCUAAGGGCUACCUUGUCAGCGCAAGGAAGGCAAGCCCCUAGCACACCCCACCAGAGGAGAAAAAUAGGGAUGAAGCCAUUUUCCUCCUUUUUCAUUCACAGACACCGCAUGCAAAGUAGCAGCUCUGAAUGAUGGGCGCUGCCAAUCACCACGAGUCCUGAAAUCAUCGAUUUAUCUUACAGAAAAGGUCUUCAUCAUCUGUGAUUACUUGAGUUUAACAGAUGCAGGUAUUCAUUAGUCAUGUCAGUGAGAUCAAAUAUGGGAGAUGAAUGUGCGAGAUCAACUCCAAGGUUAGCGUUAGCCAGUACACUGACAGCAGCUGGUUCAAAAAUGGAAAAUGUUGGUUGCUAAACUUUGAGCCAAGAUGAAGGUUCCUUAAUGUUGUUUUGAUAUGAAGUGCCUCUCAUUUUCUGCUCCUUCUAUGCUCAUACCCCCAAAUCAAGCUUCACUUACAGUGUAUCAGUAUGGAUGAAAAGAUUAUGAGUAGCAAAUGGAAAAAGGUAGAAAGUGUAUUCAGGAUGAUUCCAGACAUUUUGAAAGGAGAAUUAUAAACAUUUCUUAUAUGGAAAAAUGCCUUGAUUUCAUUCAUACAAUUUAGAUUUUUCCUGCUGUAUGUAACGCCAUUAGCGAUCCUUAAUUGAGAAAAACAAUGCACUAAUUCAAACCCAGCCACAUAUGAGAUUAUUUUAUGUAGGUUGAAUGAAACUUUAACUGGUUAAACUGACAAUUAUGUGAUUAUUUAAAACUAUUUUAUCAUACUUUUUUUCUAACCAUGUAUUGCUCUUGAGAUUGAUUUUAGAGUUGAGUAUCAGCAGUGUUUUGAUAUGGGCAUAAAUAGCAGGAUGAUGUCCUCACUAUGUGUUGUUGUUAUAGCACUGGAAAAUUUAACUUUUUAUUUAUGAAUCAUGUUUGUUUCUCUAGACAGGGUCCAGUACAAGUAAAUCUCAUGUAAACAAAUUCUCUGUUGUACUGUAAACGUCUUUAACGUUGUCAUAUCUGUAUAUCACGAAUCGGCUUGGUUAAAAUGAUGAAACGCAUGUUUAUGUGUAAAACAUGUAAAUGACUGAAUAAACAUAGGCGGUGCAAUUAUUAAAGCUAUCAAGAUCUUUAGACAUUAGUGAAUAUGGUCAACUGAAGAUCAGGUCCAGCUUCACGCUCUUCUGAACCAGAUUGUGUGAACUCGUCAGGCCCCGA